AUGAAGGGCCUCUUCAAGUCCAAGCCGCGGACGCCUGUCGACAUCGUGCGGCAGACGCGCGAGGGCCUCGUCCAGCUCGACCUCCACUCGGGCUCCCGGAGCGGCGACGCCAAGCGCGAGGAGAAGAUGGCAGAGCUAAGCAAAAAUAUCAGGGACAUGAAGUCUAUCCUUUACGGCAAUGGUGAAUCAGAGCCUGUAACUGAAGCAUGUGUUCAACUGACCCAAGAAUUCUUCAGGGAGAACACUUUACGGCUAUUAAUCAUACAUCUUCCAAAACUAAAUUUGGAGACUAGGAAAGAUGCUUCUCAAGUUGUUGCAAACUUGCAAAGACAGCAAGUAUCCUCAAAGAUAGUUGCGUCUGAGUACCUAGAGUCAAAUAAAGAUCUCUUGGACAUUUUAAUUUUAGGGUAUGAGAAUAUGGACAUUGCUUUACAUUAUGGUGCUAUGUUGAGGGAAUGUAUUCGCCACCAAAGCAUUGCAAGGUAUGUUUUAGAGUCUGAACACAUGAAAAAGUUCUUCGACUAUAUACAGCUUCCAAAUUUUGACAUAGCUUCUGAUGCUUCUGCUACCUUUAAGGAACUAUUGACAAGGCAUAAAGCAACCGUGGCUGAAUUUCUCUCCAACAAUUAUGAUUGGUUCUUUGAAGAAUUCGACUCUAGGUUGCUGUCAUCAACCAACUACAUAACAAAAAGGCAAGCUAUCAAGUUGUUGGGAGAUAUGCUGCUGGAUAGAUCAAAUGCUGCAGUCAUGAUGCGCUAUGUUAGUUCCAAAGACAAUCUCAUGAUUCUUAUGAAUCUCUUGAGGGAUUCGAGUAAAAAUAUUCAAAUUGAGGCAUUUCACGUGUUCAAGCUGUUUGCUGCGAAUAAAAACAAACCGCCUGAGGUCGUGAACAUAUUGGUCACCAAUAGAAGCAAGCUACUUCGGUUUUUUGCUGGAUUCAAGAUUGACAAAGAGGAUGAACAGUUUGAAGCAGACAAGGAGCAGGGUUUUGUCAAGAUCAACUGUGAUGUAGCUUUCUUCCCGGAGCAGCUGGUUGGUGGAUGGGGCUAUGUUAUAAGAUGGGACGAUGGCGAUGUAAUCGGCUCUGGUUAUGGACGGCCAGGGAAAGUGCUUGAAGCGUCCCAUGAUGAGAUUGUUGCUUGCCUUCAGGCAGCACAGAGAGCUAUUGAUUUGGGGGUUCAGAAGUUAAUUCUGGAAUCUGAUGCUAUGACGGUAAUCCAAGCUGUCAAUUCGUCGGUUUUCGAUCGAAGCUCGGCAAGUGACCUGCUGUGGGAAUUGAAAGAAUGUUUGAGUAGCAAUUUCACUAGCUGUCAUGUAGCUUGUAUCCCUCGUUCUUGUAAUCUUGUUUCUCAUAGUUUAGCUGCUCUUGGGGCAAGUUUAAGUCCGGGUACUAAUCCGAUCAAGGAUUGUAUUCCAAAUUGUAUUGAUGUUCUGGUGGCCAAUGAUUUGGCAUCAGGUCAUAAGUAA